AUGACGGUCGAGGGGAUCCCGACAAUCACUUGGAGGUACGCAGGGCACAUGCUCUUACAUGGGUACGCCGAUGAGAUUAUGUGCCGAGCCUUCCGGAACCAUUUAACGGACUCUGCCCGAAGAUGGUUUCGGACGCUGAAGCCAAACUCUAUCUCAAGCUGGGAUGAGUUGAAGGAAGCAUUUUCCCUCCAGUUUAUAAGGGUUAAAAAAUAUGUCCCCCCAAAGCACAAUCUGACGACGAUAUACCAAAAGCUGAACAAAUCGCUGAGGGAGUGGCUCGCAAGAUAUGGGGAAGCUGUUGCCGCCAUGAAGGACAUAACCGACCGGAAGGCCUUGAUGGGGGCAUUUUAUAAGGAAUUCUUUGCACGAGCGCAAGGCUACAUUAACGCUGAAGAAGUGGAUGCGAAUGACCCUGAGCACAGGUCCAAUAAGAACAAGGGGACCGAACAAGGGUCGACGCUAGCAAAGCGUGAUGGAAAGAAGCGACGAGGUGGAGGAAGCGGGGACAAGCAGCCCUCCUCGACGUCAAACACUCCAGAAACCAAGAAGCCGAGGCAAAAAGAGAACCGUAAGCCUCGACCGUUUCAAAGGUAUGAUUUCUACCAUGAAUUAACAAUAGGAGCCGAGGAAGUGUUCAAUCAGGUCGGCCGCGGGAAUCUACUGCACCGCCCAGAGCCAAUGAAGCCAGACCCUAGCCGAAGGAACCAAAAGAAGUAUUGCAGGUUCCACGGCGACGUCGGCCACCACACUAACGAUUGCGCCGAUCUUAAAGAUGAGAUUAAGAGAGUGAUCCGCGAGGGGAGGCUACAGGAGUUCAAAGCCGAGCGGAGACCUAGAAACGAUGGCCACGGCGGCCAGAAUGACGGUCGACGCCGAGACAAGAACCAGCGCCCCGAGGACCGAGAACCCAUCGGCGUCAUACGAACUGUCCUCGGCGGCCCCUAUAUAGGAGGAGAUUCAAGGAGAUCUCAGAAGGACUAUGCCCACGAGGCUAGAGGGGUUUACCAGGAAAGUUUCUGGAGUGUCUCCGCCGUAAAAACACCAAGAUUCAGCAGCCCCGACGUAGCGUUUAAUGAAGACGAUGCCAACGGAGUUCACUUCCCCCACAACGAUGCGUUGGUAGUAUAA